ACGACGCUUUAGUCCCCUUCCCCCAUCUUGAGGGACACUCCUUGCUUCCUCCUCCUCCUCUUCCUCUUCCCUGUUGGACCUUCUUGGCUAAACGUGUCUCCUCCACCGGCUUGACUCCCACGACGGCACUCGAACACUCAGCAAUGUCUAAGAAGACCCCCCGGUGCACUGCAGCGGAUCUGUCUGCUCAUAUGACUUCCACCCAGAGUCAGGUGGACUGCUCGGCCAGCUCGGUGGCCGAGCGUAGAGCCGAGGCCAACUCCAACCACUCAACAUCGUCCUCUCCGGAGAGCGGAAGUGUGAACGGAAACGGAAAGCGAAACGGGAAACGACGUCGCAGCAAGAAGCGUUCGUCGAAAACGGAGAGCGACGCAGAGGAGAAGGUCAACAGCAAUGAAGCGACAUCCGAGACGACCGCCCGGCGACUGAUUGGCCUGCGGUCGGAGUGCGCCAACGUGUGGUUUGAACGCGGCAUCUACGAGCAAGCGGAGAGCCUCAACCAGUGCUGGCUGGCGAACUCGUCCAAAAGAACCCCCGACCUCAACCCGGAGAAAAAGGCCCCACGUCCCGGCAAAAAGAAAGCCGACCACCAUAUUGAAAAACCCGUGCAGCCGACUGAUUCCUCGGAGCACUCAUCCCAAAUCGACAUCACAUCCAGAACUCGGUCUCAAGCGCCAGACGGCCAGCAGACGGCGGCGGUCGCGCCGGCUGCUCGCCAGUCGGUCAACGGUCUGUCCCCGGUUCUGGCCGAACUGUUCCGAAAUGUCUGGUUGGAGAAGCCGCAGUACGAUCGCGCCGAAGCUAGCUUCUACCAAAAUCUGCACGGCAACAAUUCAUCCGCCCCCAGAAGCAGCGACCGCCCUCAAAGCCUCGUCGAAGAAGACGAGGAGGAAGUAAAACGAGUUGUCCCGCAGGCAAAAGCCGAGGUCUUCCACGCCCUGCACCCCAUCCAGGAAGAGGAGGAGCCCGUUGAGGUGCCUGAGAAGCACGAGCGCCAGGAUCCGGGAAUCUGCUACCUCCUUCAUCCCGACAGCGAGCGUGUGUGGUCGGAGAAGUGGCGCUUUGACGCAGCGGAGAGCCGCUUCCACGCGGGAACGAAAGCUUGGAGGCCCAAAACGACCGACUCCACCGUCCACCCGACGGAAAACAACAUGAGCACCGUCAACUUCCUGCUCCAGGAGAAGAUCUGGUUUGACAAAACGCGCUACGAUGAGGCAGAGAGGCGUUUCUUCGAGAGUGUGAACAGCUCCUCGCGUCAUCCGGCCCAGGCGGUCCGCGAUGCGGGCGCUAACAGCAUCCUUCAAGACAUAGCUCGGGCCCGGGAGAACAUCCAGAAGUCGCUAGCAGGAAACGCCAGCAGCAGCAACGCGUCUGAUCAAGAACUCGUCUGUAGAAUAAAGAGCCUGGAAGUGGAAAACCAGAGCUUACAUAAAGUUGUACACGACCUUAGGGCCGCACUGCUCAAGUUGGAAAGUCGGGUAGCAGUACUGGAAAAAUCUCCUGUAGCUGUAGCGUCAGCUCCUUCAGUCCCCUACACAAAUGGCACUACAGCCCAGCAAAAGGCUAGCGCACCCGCAAAAGAGGAAACAGAUGACGAUUUGGACUUGUUUGGUAGCGACGACGACGACAACGAAGAGGCGGAGAAACUCAAAGAGCAGAGAUUGAAAGAAUACGCCGAGAGAAAAGCCAAGAAGCCGGCUGUCAUCGCCAAGUCGUCCAUCUUACUGGACGUCAAACCUUGGGAUGAUGAAACGGACAUGGCCAAGCUGGAGGAGUGCGUGCGCUCGGUGCAAGCCGACGGCCUCUUAUGGGGCGUGUCCAAACUGGUUCCCGUGGGUUACGGCAUCAAGAAGCUCCAGAUCUCAUGUGUGGUGGAGGACGACAAGGUGGGAACGGACCUUUUGGAAGAGGAGAUCACAAAGUUUGAAGAUUAUGUUCAAAGUGUGGACGUCGCAGCGUUCAAUAAGAUUUAAAUGCAGUCUGUCUCGUACCGUUACCACACCGUUUGUUUGUGUUCAUUAAUAAAAUCCUCUUGCACUGAAACACGUCUUGUUGGAGGGGAGGGUAUAUUUCAAAAUAACAGCACAGGCACCAUCACUUAGUGUUAAUAUCAUGGUUGGGUUUAUUUUGGGGACAUUAAGGGAAGAAAGGGAAGUCAGUGAGUACUUUUAAUGUAUUGUUAUGAAAAUUAAGGCACUAAAUAGUUAAUUUCUAAUCAGGUACAUGUUGGCAUGCAAGUACAGACAGUG